AAAAAUAUCGAAACACAAACACACAGAGAUAUAGAGGCAAUGGCUGCUAGUGUUGGAAAGGAAGUGAGCAACAAGCAGCUGAUAUUGAGGGACUAUGUCACCGGUUCUCCCAAAGAAUCAGACAUGUACGUGAAAACUAGUACUAUCAAAUUGGAGAUCCCAAAUGGAUCAAAAGCAGUUCUGUUGAAGAACCUCUACUUAUCAUGCGAUCCUGUUAUGCGGAUUCGCAUGAAUAGAGCUGAAGAUUCGAUCUUCACUUCCUAUACCCCUGGCUGGGCAUUAUCUGGGCAUGGAGUGGCUAAGGUUUUGGAUUCCAGGCAUCCAGACUACAAAGAAGGUGACUUUGUUUGGGGACCAGCAGUAUGGGAAGAGUACAGCCUAGUCGAGGAACCUAACCUUACAAAAAUUCACCAUACAGAUGUACCACUUUCCUAUUACACUGGAAUUCUUGGUUAUCCUGGUAUAACAGCAUAUGCUGGUUUCUACGAAAUUUGUUCUCCUAAGAAAGGAGAAUAUGUCUUCGUUUCAUCUGCUUCCGGCGCAGUUGGUCAGCUGGUUGGACAAUUCGCAAAGUUAACGGGUUGCUAUGUGGUUGGAAGUGCAGGAAGUCAACAAAAGGUUGAUUUAUUGAAGAACAAGUUUGGGUUUGAUGAGGCUUUCAAUUAUAAAGAGGAGCAUGAUUUGAAUGCUGCUUUGAAAAGGUAUUUCCCAAAUGGUAUUGACAUUUACUUUGAGAACGUAGGAGGGAAAAUGCUUGAUGCAGUUCUUCUAAACAUGAGAGACCACGGGCGCAUAGCUGGAUGUGGAAUGACCUCAACCUACAAUCUUGAUGAGCCAGAAGGGAUUAAAAAUUUGAUGUUUAUCAUAUACAAGCGAAUUCGUAUGGAAGGAUUUUCAGCUAUUGAAUACUAUCACCUCUAUCCCAAGUUCUUAGACCACAUAUUGCCAUACAUUAGAGAAUCAAAGAUAGUAUAUGUGGAAGACUUAGCUGAAGGCCUUGAGAAUGGGGCAGCAGCUCUCCUAGGACUCUUUAGUGGCCGCAAUGUUGGAAAACAAGUACUUGUAGUUGCUCGUGAAUAAGAGCAAGUUUGGUACAGUGAAUGAAUUGGAAUAAAAUCCUAUGCAUGUAUUUGACAAUUGGUUAAUUUUGUAUCACAAUCUCAUAUAUAUACAUUUAGAGAAGAUUAAUAAAUGAGAUGUUAUUUUUUAA